AUGUCAAAUAUGGAAUUUUUCAAAGAGCCGGACAAAUCCGGCGCUUUUGCUGAAACUGUGCGAAAGCUCUGGGAUGUCCACAAAUCAGAUCUUGGUCGACUGGAAAGCGAAAACCAGAAACUGCGCGUCAAGAUUCGUUCCCUGGAAGGGGUGCAAGAAGCGCCACGGGGGCCGGACAGGAUUGAGACGCUAAAGACGCAGUCAAUCCACAGUGAUGAGGCACCUGCAGAAAGGCAAACCACUUUGCAACACCAACCAAAGAGUGCUUGGGCACGCGUGGUGCCACGUCAGCAAUCGGAUAACGACCUCUUCGUCCAGCAGGCUGAGACUGAACACGAUCCUGGAAAAUCGAGAUCAAUAUGGAAGCUCGCAGAGAAGCUGGUCUCACAUCCUAUGUUUGACCUGGCAACGUCUGCCUGUAUUUUUAUCAAUGCAGUUGUCAUGGCAAUGGAGUCCCAGUGGGAAGGCCUCUCUGUUGGAGCUUCUCUUCAAUAUGCAACGUUGAACUCAAACCAUCAAGCUGCAUGGAUUUCAGUGGAGCCAACCUUUGUGAUACUGGGCUAUGUCUUUGGUGUUCUGUUCACCUUGGAGCUUUUAGUGAAAAUUGUGGGUCAGAAAUGGCAGUUCUUCGGGCAACUUUGGAAUUGGAUAGAUGGUGCGAUCAUCUUGACGUGGCUCAUCAGCGUGGCUUCCGGGUCAUUCCCCGUUGAUCCCACCCUGCUACGGGUGGCACGUUUGGCGCGCCUUUUGCGUCUACUGAAAGUACUCCACACCUUUCGAAGCCUUGAUGCCUUGUACAUUAUCACAACUGCUUUGCGCGGGAACUUCUCCAUUUUGGCUUGGGCCUGCGUAUUGUUUUUCAUUGUUCAAAUGGCCUUGGCACUUUUGGUCACCAAUGUUUUGACCAACUCGUACUUGGCAGAUGAGUCUGUGGCCUUGACAGAUAGACAGGCUGUAUACGUCUAUUUCGGUACCUUCACAAGGUCAAUAUACUCGAUGUUUGAAAUAACACUGGCCAACUGGCCCCCAGUAUCGCGGCUCCUUGCUGAGAACGUCUCCGAGUGGUUUAUGCUCUUUGGCGUCCUGCACAAACUGGCAAUUGGUUUCGCUGUGGUGAGCGUUGUUAACGGGGUUUUUAUGCAAGAGACCUUCAGCGUCGCUUCUUCGGAUGACCGCGUGAUGAUUCAAAAGCGGAACCGGCUUUUGCAAACGCACAAGAAGAAAAUGAAACGGUUCUUCAACCUAGCCGACAAGUCCAAAAAUGGAAGCAUUGACAUGGAAGAGUUCAAGAAAAUGACGGAGCACAAGGAGGUGUCUGCUUGGUUGGCCUCGAUGGAACUGGAUGUAUCGGAUCCAAAGAAACUAUUCAAUUUGAUUGACAGUGUGAAACGAGAUGGUACCGUUUCACUGGAGGAAUUGAUUUAUGGCGUGGGGCGGUUGAAGGGCCCUGCCAGAAGUCUUGAUGUUGCUUGCUUAAUGGAAGAGGUCAAAGACCUGAAAACGUUGCUUCUGGGACAAGGUGUUUGCUUGAGCUCCAAAGAUGAUCAAGAGGAAUCGGUGCAGAUGUCUUUUCCUCCAGUCAAGGAAGAGCUUGGUCCUGGAGAUACGCUGUGGGGAUAA